AUGCCGAUGUCCAUACCAGCUCCAGAUAAUGGAAACAAACCCGAGGAGGGCCUGCAGGCAGUUACCGGCCGACCUGCAAUUGUUGCAAGUCGAAAAUCCAUGGCUUCGGCAGAGUGGAGGAAGCGGUUUGACCACCUUUCCAACUUAACGAAACUCUAUGUCGCCGGUGCCGACCAAGAGCUCCUUGAUGCCCUAUCCAUCAUUCGAGGGCCUUCCACGCGGGGAGGGACUCAGGAAAAAGGAGUGAAGGCACAAGGCGCAAGGGAUAAGAGGAGAACGAACAAGGAGGCGGCCGACACUGAUACUGGCGAAGCAACCGUCCUCUUCCCUCUGUUACAGCACCUUAUUAUUGAGGAGGACUGCGAUCACCUGUAG